AUGUCUUACCUGUCAGAAGUAUUUGCCUUAAGAUACGACGGUGAGAGCCUUUACGGACACCCGGGUGCGUUCGGAGGAGCCCCAGCUUCAGAACUACAGGACUUGCGAGCCUUUCUUGUGCAGAAAGCGGACGCCUUAAAGGAACUGGACGGCGAAAUCAAGGAGCUUAAGACUGCUUGUGAGGCUGAGCACGCAUUAUAUUUGGCCCAGAAUGAGACCUGUACAGCCUUGCAAACUGAGUGUAACACCUCACAGGAAGCCUACGACGCACUGAAUGCCGAGUGUGGCGCUAACCAGACCACGCAUUUGAGCCAGAUAAGCAUCCUGACAUCUACUGGAGAGGGUUUGGAGAUCAGAUUGGCCGCCUGUUAUGAAGCGAAGAGACUGCUUCUGAACGAGAAGAUGACGGCGGAGAAGGUACUGAGCGCAGCGGCUGAGCGUGUCGAGAGCCUGGAAAGCGAUCUUAAGGUGUGCAACACAACUCUUCAAGCAGAACAGACUGCGCGUACCCUCACCAAUACAUCACUUGCCGAGUGCAACGACCGCGAAAACGCAACCUCCACCAAACUGGCGCAAGUAGCCAAGGCAUUCAAUAUCAGUGAGCAUCGAGCGCACGAUCAUGCUGAGAAACACAAAAUAGCUCUUAACGAAACACAAACCACCCUCAACGAAACUGAAGCCUUGUAUACCGAGUGCGUGGCUAGCCUCGCCAAGCAGGCUAUAACCAGCGCAGCAGCGAUGAACGAUUCCGCUCGUGCCGUUGCCAUGUGCCACUCCUCGGCGCGCCUAGAGACAAAAAAGGUGUACGACCUGCAUGUGCAGGUACAGAAGCUGACCGAUGAGUUGCACAAAGUGGAGCAAGACAGCCUCUCCCGGUGUACGACUGCAGCACCUCCAACUAAGCUGGGCCCACCCACUUUAAACUUACCCACUUUAAAGCCACCUGCUUCAGUUCUACCGCCAGACGUCCUCCAAGAGGUGGUCACGGCCGAACCAUCACCCACCGAGACUCUCGAAGCCCCCGCGGACAAGGAAACCCCACAAGUGGGUGCGGAGUGCGAGAAAUUGGCCAAGAAUAUGACUAAAAAAAUAACACAGGAACUCACUCAAAACAAAACAGAGGAACUCACUCAAAACAUAACAGUGGAACUCACUCAAAAAAUAACACAGGAACUGACUGAGGAAUUGACUGAAAAACUGGCUGAACGAGAGGCGGCGGUGUCUGAGGUGGAGAAGGGGCUGUUUGUCAGAGAGAAUGCUGUGGUGAAGCGAGAGACAGCCUCUCAGAAAGAGGUGCAGGCCUUGAAGGCAGAGAACAUGCGUAUGAUAUUUAGAGAGAAGCAGCUCAUGGUGCGCGCACAAGCCCUGGAUGAGACCAUGGCGAAUGGGCCGGACUAUGACAUUGUGGGCGCUCUAAAGGAAGCGUGUACACCCACUGCGGUGGUGGGUGAGAAUGCGGGCCAUGCAGGAAAGCCUGAGACAUCUCAGCCGAAGGAUGAUGGCAAUCCGUAUGUGAAUAUAAAUGCCAAAUUUAGUAUAAAGGAUGAUGGCGCGACAGGUAAUUUCGCCGAGUCGCAGGAGCGUUUGGAGAAUGCUGAAGCCCGCAAUGCUGAACUCUCGACUGAAGUGAUGGCUGCUAGAGAGACGAUCCAAGCCUUAGAGAAGCGCCUGCGCCAGGAACAUAUGGUCCGAGGGGUGCUCGAGGAGGGCAUUGUUCCAUUAUAUCUGCUGCGGCCGUCGUUGUUAAUGGCAUCGACUGAUAAAUUUGUAUGGGGUGCUAAUGUGUUUGUGGCUUUCACCUCCGUACUGCUAUUCGUACUGGCUUUGAUGGUGUUUGGAGGCAUGCUGGGCCGAGGAGGUAUGAGCCCAGCGGAAGUGGAUGCGCUUGUCCAUAAGAAAACAAGCGAAGCGCAGCAGCAGAUUCAGCAACAUCCACAACAUCGGCCGAGCUCUCAGAGUGGGGAGUUUAAUAGUGCACUUAGAACACCUGAGGCUAAUCCGGCCGCUUGGCUACAGGAGAAACUGGAUGAUACCCUUGCCGCACAGCAUCAGAUGACUGAUGAUAUUGAGGUUCUGAAUAGGAAUUUGUCGGAUAGAGAUCGACAAAUUGCCAAGUUCCGCGAUCUAUAUGCGGAGGUGUAUGCAUCGAUCAAAAGGCCUAGUGGAGGGAAUGGCAGAGAAUUGCUGGCCAUAAAGGCCCAGCUCCAGGAGGUGCAGGUCAAACUUAGAGACGAGAAGGACAAGUUUCAGCGUAGAGAAACCACUUUCUACGCAUUGGACCAAAAGAAUCAGCGUGAGAGAGAAGAGGUGCGGGAAAAAUUUGAAAACGAUAUGAGAGACCUUGUCGCAGAUGUUAAGCGGUUGGAAGGAAUCGUGGAGGCACGGGAUAUCCGGUUGAAGGAGCUCGAAUCUGACACUGCCGCGCUGAACAUAGAACUGGAGGAAGCGCUCCAAAAGGUCGAGAAAUCGGACCGUAGCCUGGAUGAGACCAUUGAGAAGCACAGGGUGAGUUCAGAUGAGCUCAGAGACGAGCUCAGCUUAUUGAAGGCUAAGUGUGCAACGUUCGAGCUGUCGGGAGGCAUAGAGGAGAGUGCUGCUAUUGAGGCGCUGCAGGAAAAAAGCAAGGAAGAGGUGGCUGAGGUGAGGAAAGAGAGGGAUGAGUGUUUAGAGCGGAUUAACAACUACCGCGAGCAACGGGACCAGCAAGCAACUAAGAACGCUGCACAAUAUACGCUGCUCAAGGCCGAGAAGGAUGCAAACAUGAAGCUUCGGGAGGAUGUCGCAGAGCUCACACGAUCCUGCGAGAUGGAGGUGAAGAAAAGAAUUGUGUACAAGAAAAUCAUGGAGAGGGAUCUGGAGGCAACGAGGGCUGAGGCCGCCCAGAAUGCCGCAGAACUGGCGACUCUGAACAACAAGUUCAAGGCCACUGUGGAGAUACUGGAACGUAGUAAGCGCGAGACCGCGACUGGCAAUUCGUCGACUGGAUUUUCAACCCUACCUACAAGUCAGCGCGAGACAGCGACUGGCAAUUCGUCGGCUGGAUUUUCAACCCUACCUAUAAAUCUAUCUCCACAAGUGCCUGCACAUAAUCGUCCUGAGCCUUCCCAGAAAAAAAAUCUGGAGAUGUCCCCUUCCGCCACAGCUAGGGACAUUGUGGGAGCGUCGGCUCUAACCACAGUGGAGAGUGAGGUUGUGCCACUUUCGAUAUAUAUGAGGGCUGGGGAUACGUCUAGUCUCAUGGGACCUCCCCCUUCAACUAAGAGUGAUAUCAAUAUUUCCCCUACUGUGCCGACAAUCAACGACAAGGCGCAGGUAUCUGCAAAGAACCUCCCGGACGCUGCCGAAAGUGCAGACAGAGAAGACGAGACACCCCCGGCGGUUACGCCGAUGUUUUUAAUCCCAUUAGCUAUGGAAAAAAGACAGCGUUCCCAUCUUUUCCCACUAGUCCCAAAGUCUAGGCACUAAAAAUUAUAAUAGAAUCGUAACUCCUCAAACAAAAAAC